AUGGAACACAGCCCUAUACCCCUAACAGCCCGAGAGGCUGCCUCUGGUCUCCUGGGCUCAAUCUCUAUGACAUGUUGGUUUUUUCUUCUGGUCCCCCAGCUGAUAGAGAACUACCGCAAUGGCAACGCAGAAGCUAUAUCUCUCCUUUUCGUCUUCGUCUGGUUCAUAGGCGACAUCGCAAACCUCGCGGGCGGCCUGCUAGCCGGGCUGGUGCCCGUGAUAAUUGCAAUUGCAGUAUACUUUUGCAUUGCAGAUGGCGUGCUGAUUGCCCAGUGCCUUUACUUCAAAGCGCGUAAUUCGCGCCGCGAGCCUCUCCUCCGCCGACGCUCGUCCACCGAGACACCGGAUCCAACUACUCCGCUCCUGGGUCGGCGCUUCAGUGACCCACUCGGAUCUUCGCAGUCGCGGCGCCGGUCGUCGGGCUCCCAGCGUGGCUACCAAGCUGGUGGCAGGCGGGAGAGCGAGGUCGAGGAUACCCUAGCCAAGAUCGUCGAGGAGAACGACUAUGGCCGCAAGGCGUGGGCCAAGAACAUCACCAGCGUUCUCGGUAUCUUCCUUAUUGGGAUGGCGGGCUGGGCAGUGGCUUGGCGGACGGGGAUGUGGGAGCCAGCGCCUUUGGAAAAUAACCAUGGUACCGAGGAGGCUACUGGGGGCUUGGUGCUGGGAUACGUCAGUGCUGUGUGUUAUCUGGGAGCGAGAUUGCCUCAGAUUUACAAGAACUACAGCGAGAAGUCUUGCGAAGGAUUGUCCCUUUUGUUUUUCAUUCUCUCUUUGCUUGGGAACUUGACCUACGGUGCAGGGAUUCUUUGCCAUUCAACAGAGAAAGAUUAUUUCCUCACCAAUCUUCCAUGGCUGAUUGGAUCGCUGGGCACCAUGGUGGAAGAUGUGGUCAUCUUCAUCCAAUUCCGGAUUUACGCUGUUCAAGACCCUAGUCUUUCAGCGAUUUCAUAA